AUGCUUCCGCCGCUGUUCAUAGCUGUUUUCACUGUCACCAUUAUUUUUAAUUGUGUAGGAAUCAUUGUGAAUCUAUUUAUGACAGUGGCCAUUUUCAUGACUUGGGUUAAAAGUCACAGAAUCUCUUCUUCCGAGAGGAUCCUGUUCAGCUUGGGGCUCACCCGAUCCCUCACUCUGGGACUGUUUCUACUGAGUAUCACCUACGUGUAUUCAAACCAUGGAAGGUCAUUCUUCUUGCCCUCACUUUUUGUGUUGGGCUGGAAGUUUUUGGAUGCUUGCAGUCUCUGGUUUGUGACAUUGCUCAACAGCUUGUAUUGUGUAAAGAUAACCAACUUCCGGCACCCAGUGUUUCUCCUGCUGAAACGGAAUAUCUCUACCAAGACCACCAGGAUGCUGCUGACCUGUGUGCUGGUUUCUAUCUUCACCACCCUCCUGAAUCUUGGACUGAGGGCCGUAGCCCGCUCUCCUGAGCAUGUGGCUGGGAGAAAUGACACGGCCCUUGGCAGCAGGGACGGCAUCGUGACUUUGGUAUCCUCUUUGGUUUUGAGUUCAUUACUCCAGCUUAUACUCAAUGUGACCUUUGCUUCCUUGCUGAUCCACUCAUUGAGGAGACAUGUCCAGAGGAUGCAGAGAAGCACUGGCUUUUGGAAUCCCCAGACCGAAGCUCAUGUCGGGGCCAUGAAGCUCAUGGUCUAUUUCCUCGUCCUCUACAUUCCAUACUCAGUCGCAGUCCUGCUCUAUCUCCCUUCUAGCGUACGGAAUGACCAGAGAGCCAGUGCCAUUUACCUGAUCAUUUCUACCAUUUAUCCUCCAGGCCAUUCCAUUCUCAUCAUUCUCACACAUCCUAAACUGAAGGCAAAAGCUAAGAAGAUUCUGUGUUUGAAGGGACAGUGGCAUUUUAUUAGUAAACAUUGA